AUGGGUGGACAUGGAGUGGAUGUAACUGAAGGAAGGAGAAAGAAAAAGGAUAAAGGCAAGGCCGGACUCCCGCCCCCAGCGACGGCAUUUCCAGUCGGGCGCCCCUUGGUGACACAGACUGAGGAGACGUCAGCGCGGCAGGUGAGACCCGGCCACAUCUCCGGCCGGGGCGCCAGGCGGGGGCUGUGGACAGGCUGCCCGCAGUCAGAUACUGACAAUAUGAAGCCAUUGAAGGGUGUAAAAAUUCUGGAUCUAUCGAGAGUACUGGCGGGACCUUUUGCUACUAUGAAUUUAGGAGAUCUUGGAGCAGAAGUUAUAAAAGUGGAAAGACCAGGAGCUGGUGAUGAUACACGAACUUGGGGGCCACCUUUUGUGGGGACAGAAAGUUCAUAUUUUCUCAGUGUUAACCGAAAUAAAAAAAGUAUUGCUAUUAAUAUCAAGGAUCCAAAAGGGGUGAAAAUCAUCAAAGAGCUUGCGGCUGUUUGUGAUGUAUUCAUGGAAAACUAUGUCCCUGGCAAACUGUCUGCAAUGGGCCUGGGCUAUGAAGAUAUAGACAAGAUUGCUCCACACAUCAUUUAUUGCUCCGUUACAGGGUAUGGUCAGACAGGUCCCAUGUCUCAGCGAGGUGGUUAUGAUUUGGUUGCCUCUGCUCUUUCUGGUAUGCUGUACCUCACAGGGCCUGAG